AUGUCGAAGCAAGACAAGCUGAGACUGUUGAUGAAACGGCGUCUGGACGCGGCGGCUCAGGACAUAUGUGAUCUGUCGGAAGCUUAUGAGCGGGAACGCUCUCUUUUGAAGGAAAAUGAGAGACUGCGCAAACUACUGUAUGCAUUACACAACCCUCAAGUCCAGUUACGCAGAUCAGUGUUCGCUGCAGAGGUUCCCCCGGAGGUGAGGCCAAGUCUGGACCAGGAGAACCCAGAGUACCCACGCAUUAAAGAGCAAGGAGAGCAGCUUCAAGAACUAGAGGAGGCUGAUAUCCUCAAAUGUAAAGGUGAUGAAGAGAAACCUCAGUCCUCACAGCUUCAUCAAAGCCAGACUGGUGAGAGCAGAGAGGUGGAGCCUCCAGCCAGCAGCUCAGCUCAACAGAUAGAAACAGAAGGUGAUGGAGAGGACUGUGAAGGACCAGAGGACCCACAUGGUCAUCUUCAACCAGAGACAGACGGCAAGACCUCACUGUCCUCUGUGAUCAGAGCACCUGCAUCAGUGUUCCCUGCAGAUUUCCCCCUUGAGUUGAGCCCCAGGCUGGACCAGGAGGACCCAGAGUACCCGCACAUUAAAAUGCAGCUUCAAAGACUGGAGGAGGCUGAUAUCUCCAUGGGGGAAGAUGAUGAAGAGGAACCUCAGUCCUCACAGCUUCAUCAAAGCCAGACUGGUGAGAGCAGAGAGCCCGAGCCUCCAGCCAGCAGCUCAGCUCAACAGAUAGAAACAGAAGGUGAUGGAGAGGACUGUGGAGGACCAGAGGACCCACAUGGUCAUCUAUCAUCCAUCAUAGGAAAGAAACCACUGGGAUGCAAUGUUUGUAAGAAAACAUUUGGCACAAUGUACAAGCUGAAAUCACACAUGAGAGUCCAUACAACAGAGAAACCAUUUGGUUGCAGUGUUUGUGAGAAACGAUUUAACUUAAAGAGUUAUCUGCAGAGGCACAUGAGAGUCCAUAAAGGAGAGAGAGCUUUUUGUUGCAGUGUUUGUGAGAAAAGAUUUAACGUAAAGAGCUAUCUGCAGAAGCACAUGAGAGUCCAUACAGGAGAGAAACCAUUUGGUUGCAGUGUUUGUGAGAAAAGAUUUAACGUAAAGAGCUAUCUGCAGAGGCACAUGAGAGUCCAUACAGGAGAGAGAGCUUUUUGUUGCAGUGUUUGUGAGAAAAGAUUUAACGUAAAGAGCUAUCUGCAGAAGCACAUGAGAGUCCAUACAGGAGAGAAACCAUUUGGUUGCAGCGUUUGUGAGAAAAGAUUCACCCGAAACAGCUAUCUGCAGGAGCACAUGAGAGUCCAUACAGGAGAGAGAGCUUUUUGUUGCAGUGUUUGUGAGAAAAGAUUUAACGUAAAGAGCUAUCUGCAGAAGCACAUGAGAGUCCAUACAGGAGAGAAACCAUUUGGUUGCAGCGUUUGUGAGAAAAGAUUCACCCGAAACAACUAUCUGCAGGAGCACAUGAGAGUCCAUACAGGAGAGAAAGAGACUUGGCCGGGGGACAGCUGCCUUUGUGUCGUUCUGGUGUUGAGCCCUGGCCUCGCUGGAAUUGCUCCAGCCAGUCUCCGACAGGAUGCGGCUACCAUCGCUCUGGCAAGAAAAGCCCAGAAGUACGACUGGCACAUCCUGCACGCCACGCCAUCUAUGGACCUUGCUGAACCGUCUACGCACUGGGGUCGGCCGCUUCAAGUCAUCUCUGAAGAAGUGGAGCCUAUUGGACAGUGCGGCAUGCAAGUGUGGUGA